CGGGAGAGGAGAGCUGCCUGCCUCUGCUCUUCGGGGAACGAACUGACCCGUGGCGGCUUCUUCCCGUCUCCAAAGCCUCUUUCGAGCCUUGCCCAGGGCUGCUGCUCCUUCUCAAAGGAAUUUCAGUCCGCGCGAAGUUCCUAAAAUAACUCGAGUAUUUCCGAACUCCGCUUCUUGCAAUCGUGCACGCUGCAAGAGCGGGUUUCUCUGCGUUAGCGCCAUCGGGCAGCGGCGUACUCGCUCUCUGCCCGCCCCAGGUGCACGUUACAACUCGCUAGGGCAGCCCGAGGCGUCGCCCGCCCCUGCCGCCCACCCCCGCUGGCAGCGCAGAGGCCCUGCCGCCGCGGCCUUCCCCCGCGCUCCGGGGCCGGGCAGCAGCUGUGCGCCCGGCUGCCGGCGGUCACCCCGCCGGGAAGGGGGGGGGGGAGCAGCACCCCGGCCCGCUCGGCGCGCGUCGUCACCCGUCACGCAAGGGGGAGGCGGCGUGCCCUGCCGCGGUGCGCACCUGGGGGGAUGCGGGGGUGUCGUGCUCUCCGCCCCGCCGGCGGCAGCAGCACAACGGACAGCGGCCGCGCGGCCCCGCCCCAACCCACGCGCCCGCCGUGGGACGAGGUCGGCGCGCGUGCGCCUGCCGCGGGGUUGGCGGCUGGAGGCGGGCGGGGAGGGUGCGGAGGGGAAGGUGUGCGUGCGCCGCUACCCGCCCGCCCUCGCGCUGAGAUAACGGUCUCCCGUCACGGCAGAGAGAGGAGCCAGACGGGCGGGUGCCGCCGCGGGGAGCCGCCUGCCUCACCCCCGCCUCCGCCCGCUGCCCGGCCGGGCCCCCCGCCCUCCCCCGGGCACAGCCCAUCGGGGGCGAGGGCGCCGCGCUGACCCCCCCGGCCGGCCGCCCCCCGCGCCGCCCCGGGGCGCUAUGAGCCAUGAAGCCGCCCGGCAGCAUCUCCCUGCGGCAGCCUCGCUGCGGCCGCCGCUCCUCCUCUUCCUCCGCCGCCUGCCGCCCCACGCUCCUGCCGCUCCUCGGCCGCCUCGUCUCGCUGCUCCUGCUCCUCCAUGGCGCCUCGUGCCCCCGGGCCCGCGCGGCUGCAGCGGCUGCCGACCUGCAUUGGAAUGAAACGGCAGGCGGUAUGGAGGGAGUAGUGGCAGAUGAAGAGAAUACAUUUCAACAGAAUAAAAGCAGUAGCAGUAAAAAUAACAGCUACAGCAAUGCAAUCCAGAAAGAAAUCACGCUGCCUUCAAGACUAAUCUAUUACAUCAACAGAGACUCUGAAACCCCUUACCAUAUCCUGGAUACUAGGGCAAGGCACCAGCAGAAACAUGACAAGGCUGUACAUCUGGCCCAGGCAAGUUUCCAGAUUGAGGCCUUUGGCUCCAAAUUCAUCCUUGACCUCACACUGAAUAAUGACUUGUUAUCUUCCAGUUAUGUGGAGAUUCACUAUGAAGAUGGAAAACCAAAGUUUUCUAAGGGUGGAGAGCAUUGUUACUACCAUGGAAAUAUCAGAGGUAUCAAGGAUUCCAAAGUUGCUCUUUCAACUUGUAAUGGACUUCAUGGCAUGUUUGAAGAUAGUACUUACUUGUACUUGAUAGAACCGAUGGAUCUGACUCACAGUGCAGAAAGUAAAAGUAGGCCACAUAUCAUCCAAAGAACUUAUGGAACACAAUCCUCCAAGCAGUUACAGGACUUUGAGACUGAAUCUAGUUCUGAAUGGCCCUUUCUGUCUGAACUACAGUGGCUGACGAGAAAGAGAAGAAAGAGGGCAGCAUCUCGUGGUAUCUUUGAAGAAAUGAAAUACCUGGAGCUCAUGAUAGUCAAUGACCAUAAAAUGUUCAAAAAGCACCGUUCUUCAAAUGCAUACACAAACAAUUUUGCAAAGUCUGUGGUAAACCUUGUAGAUGCUAUAUACAAGGAACAGCUGAACACCAGGGUGGUUCUUGUUGCUGUGGAAACUUGGACAGACAGAGAUCGUAUUAAUAUUCACCCUAAUCCUCUGCAGAUGCUUCAUGAUUUCUCCAAAUAUCGACAGCACUACAUCAAACAGCAUGCUGAUGCUGUGCACCUGCUCUCGAAUGUGACGUUUCAUUAUAAAAGGAGCAGCUUAAGUUACUUUGGAGGGGUUUGCUCUGUGACCAGAGGAGUAGGAGUGAAUGAGUAUGGCCUCCCUUUGGCCAUGGCGCAGGAACUAGCACAAAGUCUUGCUCAGAACCUUGGAAUACAAUGGGACCCAGCUGCCAGGAAACAGAAGUGUGACUGCACUGAAUCCUGGGGUGGUUGCAUCAUGGAGGAAACGGGGGUGUACCAUUCCAGGAAAUUCUCCAAAUGCAGCAUUGCAGAAUACAAAGAAUUUUUACUUCGUGGGGGAGGUGCCUGUCUUUUCAACAAACCAACAAAGCUCUUUGAAACCACUGAGUGUGGAAAUGGAUAUGUAGAAGCAGGAGAAGAAUGUGAUUGCGGUUUCCGAAUGGAAUGCUAUGCAGACUGUUGUAAGAAGUGCUCUCUUUCUAAUGGAGCUCAUUGUAGUGAUGGACCCUGCUGUAAUACGUCAUGUCUUUUUUUCCCACGGGGCUAUGAUUGUCGAUAUGCAGUGAAUGAAUGUGAUAUUGCAGAGUUCUGCACUGGAGAUUCUGGCCAGUGUCCACCAAAUCUUCAUAAACAAGAUGGGUAUGCCUGUGAUUCUAAUCAGGGUCGUUGCUAUAAUGGUGAAUGCAAGACAAGAGAUAAUCAGUGCAAAUAUAUCUGGGGAUCUAAGUCUUCAGGAUCUGACAAAUUUUGUUAUGAAAAGCUUAACACAGAAGGCACAAAAAAAGGAAACUGUGGAAAGGAUGGAGACCGAUGGAUUCAGUGUAGCAAACAUGAUGUUUUCUGUGGCUUUUUGCUCUGUACUAAUCUUACUAAAGUUCCACGAGUUGGUCAAGUUCAAGGAGAAAUUAUCCCAAAUUCUUUUUAUCAUCAAGGACGAAUAGUGGACUGCAGUGGUGCUCAUGUUCUUUUAGAUGACGAUACCGAUUUAGGUUAUGUGGAGGAUGGAGCUCCAUGUGGACCUCACAUGAUGUGUCUGGACAAAAAGUGCCUGCCAAUUCAGUCCUUGAACAUAAGCAGCUGUCCCAUUGGUUCUAAUGGAAAAGUCUGUUCUGGUCAUGGGGUUUGUAGUAAUGAAGCGACUUGUAUUUGUAAUUUCUCCUGGGCUGGGACAGACUGCAGUAUUGAUGAUCCUAUCAGGGAUACUGGUGGCAAGAAGGAUGAAGGACCCAAGGGUCCUAGUGCCACCAAUCUUAUAAUAGGCUCCAUCGCUGGUGCCAUCCUGGUAGCAGCUAUUGUCCUUGGGGGGACAGGAUGGGGCUUUAAGUUAUCAGAUGUUCAUAUGAACAUACGGUACUGUGGUGUCAAGUCCAUAUCAAACAAAUGUCAAAAAACGAAGGUUCGAUCCAAGUCAACAAGGCCCUAUCUGAAGAAAUAUGAUUCAAAAACCUUCUCCUCACACUGCUGGAUUUUAGGUAUGAUGUCUUUGCUGUAGCUGCACAGGAACUGAAUCAGUAAGGAAGAACAUGAGAAACAGUAACUAUAGACACAAUGUUGGGAUGUUAGAAGACUGUCCUUUUUGGAGAUAAGUUCAAAAUACUUCCUCUAUUCACCUUUCUCUUGUUAACAUUAACUGACAAGUGUUACAAGCACACUGUUUCAAAAUCAGGUGGGUUUUUUUCUUUUCUCAAACAAAGGAGGAGACACACAGACCAAGUGCAAUAAGAGAACUGUUCCAAAAUAAUGAAAUAGAAGAUUUGUUUCCCAGCCUGCUGGCACUCUAACUUCACUUGAGUUCGCAUGACUUCCUUUUUCUUAUCAAACUCCAGUGGCAUGAGGAGCUAAUUUUGAAAGGGUAACCUGCAUGGCUCACAUACAAACAACCAAGCUAGCAAGCUGAUCCCAAGCCAAAUCUGCAGCCCAAUACAUGCAAACCACUGGGAAGCCGAUACCAGGCUCUGAUAGCUUUCCCAGCCACACAGUGCAUUCUGCCGCUGGACUUCAGAGUUCCCUGCUCUGUGAGCUUGCUGUCCACCUUGUUUUGGUCUCCUGGGCCAGGAGUCUUGGGUAUGGAAGCUAUCGAGUGAUGGAUGCAAUUCUUCCAAGAAGGAAAAAGUAUAAAUAUGGAAAUAAGAUUUUGACGUAUCAUUUUCACAGAUUAUAUAUAAAUAUACAUAUAUAUAUAUGAGAGAAAAGGAUUUCCAUAUAAAAAGGUUCUAUUCUUUAUGUAAAUCUAUUUUUGAUGUUGGGUUUGGUUUUGGGUUUUUUUGCUCCCCUUUUUUUCUGUAGCAUGUUGUACAGCGGAUGUUCUGGGCUUGCUCAAAAAAGGCAGAUAAUAGCAUGCAGAUGCAGGGACUUCUGACAUCAAACAAAUGUGAUCUAAAGUUUGUAUGCUUGAAACCAAAAACAAUUAAAAUGUAUAAAUGCAUAUCUAUGUAUUGACUAUAAGUCUGGAUUACUACUUUUUUGGCUGUUAUUACAGAAAAAUCUGUAUAUAACAUAAGUGACACCCUCUCAAACUAAUCGCAGAAGUGCCAAGCUUUUUUUUUUUUUGAAACUAUAGCUGAUUUUUUUCCCGUCUAGAUCCUGUGAAAUAACAACUUAAAUAAGCCUUAAAAUACUCACAAAAUGUUAAAAGCUUGGAACAAGUUAUUCUUCUCUUGCCUUCUGCGGCUUGCAAAGGUGACCAACAUUUCUAACUCAUUCCCUGUAUCUCUUUGAUGCAUCUCACUUUUCAAUGUAUAAUGCACAACCAAUACUUUGACCCUUGGCUACUGAUAGCUAGUUACCAUCACUGUGCAAAAUCCCAUGUAAUUUUAGGGGGUUUUGUGUUGCGAUUGCUUUUAGAUAUGCCUUGUGUACAAACAUGGGGUUUUGCAGAGAAGUGCUGGGCAGCAGUACUUUUCCCCUAGUAACCAGGCUAGCCUGGGUGCAUCUGGCUUGAGAAAGGUAUGAAGAUGUCUAGUUUAGGCCUUCCUUCAAAUAUAGAGCUGUGCAGUCUGGCUCAUCCUUUUCAUCUUGAUUUAAAACUUUGGUAAUUCAGUUUAUGUAAGUGAAGUGACCUGAAAAUGUCAUUGCUGCAUCUGAUACUCAGAAUUAAAAACUUCUGUAAUUUUGGAUUUAAUUUAAAGGUUGGGUAUUAGUAACAACAGAAGUCCAGUUACACUACUUGCUCCACCUGUGUUCAGUGGAAAUCCAUUUCCUGAGUUAGCUUUAAGAGCCAAACAUUAAGAAAAUGCUGCAGAUUUCCUGUGACUUACAAAAUCUCACUUCGUUGUAUUUCGUAUUAUGAUAAUGUUCAAUCCAACAGUCUCACAAGAACUACAAUAUAUUGUUUUGGUUGACAGUUAUUAAAAGGUUUUGAACAGCUUUAACAUAAUCACAUUAACACUUACUACGUUAUGAGUUAAAGGUGCUGCACACAGGUAGUCAACAUUGAUAAAUAUUAUAAAUCUUAUUCUGGAAAAUUCCUGCCUGGCUUCAAGCAGAAUGAAGUUAGUGACAAUACUUUUAUGGCAAACCAAAAAUACUUGCAACUGUAUUAUUGACCUCUCAAAGUACUUUGAUUGGGAACAUAAUCCCCAACUUUGUUUAUUAGGGUUCUGCUCCCAAAGCAAGUGUAACCCACAACAGAAACACUAGUGGUUACCAAAAAUUAAAGUAAAAUCAACUGGAUAUAUGUAACCUACCUGUGUAAUAAACCAAUGUUUGAGAAGCAUUUCACAAACAACAUUGUUAGUGUGUGAUGUGAUGUUCUAAAUCAGACCACAGUGGUCCUCAACUACUAUGUACAUAUGUUCAGUGCUGGAGUAACUUUUUUAUUUACACCGGCAGUUUCAUUGGCUGAAUUUGUGCUCCACUCAUCAGCCUUUGUGUGUAUGUGGAAGAACACAUUCGCUUUCUGCCCUGUGCAUACACAGCUCAGAGUAGGUACAGGCUGAAAUGCUUUCUGUGGUGGUAGACAACUUAAAAACUGGUUUUGGUAGGUGUUGAUUUUCUACAUCCCACCUUUGCUCUGCUUUGGGAAGUACAUACCCAUUUAGUCUCAAUUUGUUCAUCACAAAGCAUCAUCAAAAGAAGACCUGGUCAGCACUGCCUCCAUUUCAUCCACUAUACAUUCGCUCCACUAUUUAUCUAUUCAUCUGGACAAGAAACUGUGGUAACUGUAUAGCUUGUUCCAGUUUGCUGCAUGACAUCACUGAUUUGAUCUGAUCCUCCUAAAAGAGAAGUCUGCUAGGCAAAUUAACAGCUAUAUAGGUGCAUGUUAACAGAAACAGAUUAAUUAAGGCUGGAGUUUAACCAAUUUUUCUUUACUAUGCAAAGAUGGGUAUUGCACAAACAAAUUUAAGACAAAUGUCUGAGGAAAUGCCAUAGAAUACUUGAAGUUAUGUUUUAAGCUGAAUGAGUCAUGUUUUAUAUUCAUUAUUGCUUCCACUGUUACUCUUCCUUUCAAAAAUGAUUUGUAAUUAUUUUUUUAAGUGCACAACUUGAUGUUAUAAAUCAGUUUUUGUUUGAAGUUAAUACUCAGUCAUGUCUGGUUGGCUGCUAAUGAAUGGAAUUCAAUAGUCCUUGUUCUGCAUCUUAGCAAGAUGAGUAUUAAAAAUAUCAUGAACGUUGAA